ACACCUCCCUUCCUGCUCUGUUGCCAGGGUGUUGAUUCCAACUUCAUUGCAACUGAACUGAACUAUGGGAGAAAUUGGGGAGAGGAUGAGUCUGCUUCAGCCGUAGCUGGUCUUCUGCAGGUGGGAUAAUCAGCCAAGCUGUACAUUUUCUUCCCCAUGAAUGCACAAAACCAAACACAAGUGACCGAAUUCCUCUUCCUGGGUUUCUCCCACCUGCUGAGCUACACAACCCACCUUUUCCUGGUGUUCCUGGCUGCCUAUUUGGCCACGCUGAUGAGCAACAUCAUGAUUAUAAUCUUAAUUCUCCUGGAUUCCCGUCUUCACACCCCCAUGUACUUCUUCCUCAGCCAGCUCUCCUGCUUGGAUGUUUGCCUUUCUUCUGUGGUGGUACCAAAGAUCUUGGUGAACUUCCUACGCCAAGAGCAGACUAUCUCUUACAACCAAUGCUUGGCACAAGCCUUCUUCUUGAUUGGCUUUGCAGGAUGUGAGCUGGCCCUGCUGGCCGUCAUGGCCUAUGACCGCUACGCUGCCAUUUGUCAGCCUCUGCAUUAUGGCCACCUGAUGAGGGGCAAGUUGUGCGUCCAACUGUCUGUGGCCAUUUGGCUCUGGGGCUUCCUACACUCGGCCAUCCACAUUUCCCUAGCCUGUAGAAUGGACUUCUGUGGAAACAACAAUGUUCCUCACAUCUUUUGUGAUGUCCCUCCAUUAUUGAAAAUCGCCUGCAGUGAUACCUCGGUCAAUGAAUUGGCCAAUCACAUCACCAGCAUCUUUGUAGGCCUCAAUCCCUUCCUCUUCAUCAUCCUGUCCUAUUUCUACAUUCUAGCCUCCGUUCUGCGAAUUCACUCUAACACUGGCAGGCGCAAAGCCUUCUCCACUUGUGCAUCACACAUUAGUGUGGUAACUCUGUUUGUUGGUAAUGGGAGUAUGAAUUACAACCAGCCCAGUGCUGGAUACUCUCUGGAGGUUGAUGCUUUGAUCUCCACUAUGUUUUGCAUCGUCACCCCGAUGUUGAACCCCUUGAUCUACAGCAUCCAUAACAAGGAGGUGAAGGCGGCCCUGAGGAAGCUUCUCAAGGGCUGGAAAAGAGGAUAGUCUUCAUUUUGGAGGUCCUUUUUUUAAUAUAACGAUUACAUUUUUAUACAACAUAAAGAUAAAACCUAACAGACAGAAAUGGCCAGAAAGAAGGGUAGGUAGAAUAAAGAGAAGGAGGGAGGAUAGGAGUACAGAAAACAAACAAUUAUAAGGAAAAAAAACAGAAAUAUAAAAAGAGAUUUCCAACUUUUUUUUUACAAAGUUUAUUUAUUCAGCCUCUUAGUUUAGGACAGGGGCCUUCCAACUUGGCCCUUUUAUGCAUGCCUGGCUGAGGAAUUAUGGGAGUUGAAGUCCACAAGUCUUAAAGUUGCCAAGUUUGAAGACCCUUGGCAUCCACUUUCCAAACGGUCAACAGUUUUUACUAAUCAUCAAAUCCAUAUGUCAUAAUUUGUUUUGUUUUUUUACUUCUUGUAAAAAGCCCACCAGUGGGCUCCAUUUAAAAAUAAAUUUUGUUACUGUUUUUUCUCUAACGAGAGCCAUUCAGUUUGCCAUCUGUUCCAGUCCCAUCACUUUUACUAACUACUCUUCCAUUGUCAGUAUAGUAGAAUCUUUCCAUUGUUGAGUAUAUAGGAAUUUUACUGCUGUAACCAAAUGUAAGAUUAAUGUACCAUGCUUUCUUUUUUUAAAAUUUGGUCCAUUGACCCUAAUAAAAAAAAUCUCUGGUCUAAAGUG